UAUCCUGAAGAGUGCACACCAAAUGAAAAUCUAAUCAACGCCUCCUUUAUAGAAAAUCAUUUAUCUAGCAGUAGCUUCACGCAAAGUGGUUCACUAGUUUGCUCUGCAGGCAAACCGUUGGUUAAAAAUAACUCAGACGCUCGAGGAAAUAGCAUUUUCUUGGAUGAUACCGUCAUUGAUGAAGAAUUGCUUUUAAAUAUAACGACCGACGAAAUCCCAAAACAAUUAAAUACAAGCCUAUGUGCAGAAGACAUGGAACUCCUGGAUAUUCUAAAGCAGUUAGAAGAGCACGAGGAAGAUGAAAAUCAUAUCGACUUGGAUAGUACGUUAGCACCACUCACACAGGCACCUAAAAAAUUUAAUCCCUCACCGGAGUUAUUAGAUAAGCAAGUGGGAGCAGCAGCUGUCAGUCAACCUUUUCCAGAUAGUGACACCGAUUCCAAUGAAGAUGAAAAUGGGAAUCCCCUUGACUUUUCCAUUGCCUUAGAGAACAUGGAUGAAUUAAUAUUAAAAUUUACACAAAGCCAACCAACAGAAGAAGGAGGAUCUAGGAUAGAUUUUCCUCAAGUGGAUGGCUCGGAUGAUUUGGUACCAAAAACUCCUACUAAAACUGGAAGUAGACUGAGAGAGGGUAACAGUAAAAAUGUGAAAACAUCCCCAUGUACGCCAAGAACUCCUAGCCGAGGGAAUCUCUCACCGAAGCGAUCACCGCGCACUCCAAAGUCGAGCGCAAGCAAGAAAUAUGCGCCAUUACCGCUAAAAAUCACUUGCAAAAAGACUGAUAAGAGCGAAAAUAAGGGCAAUGAAAUAACUCCAGUACGGCGUUCAGUUAUGAGAAAUUUAGAUAUCGGUUCUAGCGUCUCUAAAAGUGCGAAAAUUACUCUGAGUAAAAAGCUGGCAAUAACGGCAUUGCGUCGAAAAAGUGUCGAUUGGAGUCCAAGUACAAUGCAGCAACAGCAUAUUUCAAGAAACGAAGAAAGCGGAAGUGUGAAACGCACACCUAUUCGACGUUCUAGAAAUACUAAGGAUUUAGACAGAACGCACAUUACCUGCGAGUUAACACCCCGGAGAAAAAGUGAACGGAUCUUAAAAGUCUAUAGCAUUGAAGAAGCAGUAUCGAAGGAAAUUAAACCGCCAGCCAAUCAAAUUCAAAGUAUAUGUCAGAAUUAUGAACCCAAUUCUGUUACUGAAACAUCACAUUCGAAUAGUCCUCGUGAUAUAAAAGAAACAGCUGGGCUAAAUACCACAAGAAAGAGGAGUAUACGGCUCGUUGAUGAUAGUCGAACUGUUAGCCGGUAUAGUUCUACGACUUCGCAAAUUCAACCCGGGCAUCCAUGUGUAACCGAAAGAACUCAGUCACUCAACAUUCGAAAAUGUGUAGUAAAACUUAGGAAAACUGUAAUUCGAACAAAUGGCGUUAGUCCGAAGAAUCCUGCAGCGGUACAGAAAGUAGCUGGCAAAGGGGGCGGCAAAGAGAAACAAAUUACAAUGCUUAAACAACAGCAACCAACAAAUGGCAUUUCCAUUCCUACAGGCCAUGAAUAUAAUUUAAAAGAAAAUGACGCACAAUUGUGGCUUGAAGAGAAUACCGCAAAUCCUCUUAAUGAGUCAAACGAAAGUGACGAAAUUGCGGCAUCAGAUAUCGAGGAUGACACUAACUCAAUCGGCGCGAAACGUCUCCGGAGGAGCUUUCAUCUGGUACAGCGAAAGAAGAUGCUCAAAAACAAGGUCGUUUCAAACAAUUACAUUCAUGAACCAGCUGAAGGAGUCGAUGAAAUUAAUGAAUUUUCUGCUUCCCCAACAACGGAUGUUAGAAUUGAUGAUGACUAUGCAGACAUUGAUAACUUGCAUAUUCAAAGCUUUUAUGAUGCUUCAUUUACGGAAGACUUAAGUAGCCCACUUAAUUAUAGUGACGGCUCUAGUCACGUCAUAGAUUUGGCACGCCAAAUCCACUCAUCAAAUCAGAUAUUCAGAGAAGAGCCGAUUAACUCGCUGGAAUGUUGCCAACGUAUCGGUCACGCUAACCGUGCAGAACAAAAACUAAUAGCAACAAGUAAUAUUAAUAAGAGUAAUGUGUCACCGCUAAUAUCGGAGCCUGCAUCGAGUUUAUCGGAGCAUUUGGUACAACUUACACCUAUUCAUUUGCCACCAACUUUUGAUGAGGUAUUGGCAAGUUGUGUCAAACUGGACAUUCCUGAAUACGAAUUUCAAAGGCCCUUCUACGGCAAUCCGGACGAUAUAACACAGCUGAAGGAAGUCGGACAUAUAGUCUUGCAUAUUCCAGGAAGCAAGCUUAACGACUGCGAUGAAUUUAAAAGUGUUUUGGGCGAUGAACUGCGCGGCCUUACUGACUGGCGCCGUCGGAAACUGUUGGCGAUUAGCGGUACUUCCGCACUCACCGUACCAUCGCAACGCAAUACUCAAAGCGUUCGUGAGUACUUUGCCGAACCUAGAAAAAUAAUGAUGACACCUUUAAUUAGUCCGCCAACCCGUCAAGACGCCAAGUUGUGGCUGAAGGCCCGCGCGCUUUUGUCCAAUGAUGCUGAAUGUACUCAGCGGAAAGGUAGUUUGGAGGAAAGUCCCAUAAAAGUAAGACGUCAAAAGAUAGCAAUGAUAUUAAACGAUAACAUGGGCGAAGAAGGCGAAGGUGACGUGCUGGACAAUAAAAAUUUUAUUACACUUACGCCGCCAACGCCAGCAGGUGAUUUGAAAAAAACAACCAAAUUAAAAAAUGCGGCCCUUACAAGUUCGGAUGCAAGUUUCAAAUCUCUCAGAGGAUGUGCGAAAUUCUCUUUAGGUAAACGGUUCAUGGCCAGUGCCAGUGCUGGGUUGGGCGUCCCAUCAUCGGAUGACAGCUUAGCGGCUGCUCAAAUAACGAAAGCUAUAAGCGAGAAACCUAGGGCUUCUAACGACUCCACCGUAUCAAGUCAAACCGUGUUGGAUGCACUGAAACGACACUCAUUUGUUAAAGAUUUGCAGGGGAGCCCCUUGCAUGCGCCCCUAAAUCUCAGCUUCGGUUUAAGCAGCGCGUCGCUGGACAACUCCUUCGGCUUCAAAGUUAAUUUAGAGAACUUGCAGCAAGCCAAAGCCGAUGUAGAGUGCAAUUAUAUAACAACAGUUGUUCUUGAGCUAUUUGUACCCACGCGCGGUAAUCUGCUGCCAGAUCCAGCGUUCGAUGAAGUGCGUUGCCUCUUUUACGCCAUCGAACAUCGCUCGCCAGCAACGCCAAACGAAGACGCCGCUCAUUUGCCACAAAAUGCCUGUGGCUGCAUCAUUGUGAAGGAUAUUGACAGUGAGCGGGACUGCCGCAUGUUUGGCACGGGCGGCAAUGACGAUAUCGCGAUGCGUUUCGUGCACAGCGAAAUCGAAGCAUUCGAGGCACUUGUGGAAUUGUGUUUGCAUUGGGAUCCGGACAUCUAUGGUGGUUAUGAAAUCGAGACCGCCUCUUGGGGGUAUGUGCUGGAACGCGCAAAGCAACUUGGCUUCAAUAUCGCACCCCUGCUGUCCCGGGUGCCAACUCAGAAAGUACGUGAAUAUGUAGAUGAGGAUCGGGAGCAUUUCACAGAUUUGGAUAUAGAGAUGAAAUUGUGCGGCCGCAUACUAUUGGAUGUUUGGCGUUUGAUGCGCUCAGAAAUUGCGCUCACUUCGUACAAAUUUGAAAAUAUCAUGUAUCACAUUCUACACAAGCGCUGCCCUGCACACAGUCAUCGCGCACUCACCGAAUGGUUCGAGGUGCCCAAUACGCGAUGGAUUGUCAUUGAGUACUAUGUUGAGCGUGUGCGCGGUACGCUCGCGUUGCUGGAGCAGCUGGAUCUCAUUGGCCGCACCAGUGAGAUGGCGAAGCUGAUAGGUAUACAAUUCUACGAGGUACUGUCGCGUGGCUCACAAUUUCGCGUUGAAAGUAUGAUGCUCAGGAUAGCAAAGCCUCGUAAUCUGGUACCACUGUCGCCGAGCGUACAGCAACGCGCACACAUGAGAGCCCCUGAAUAUUUGCCUCUCAUUUUAGAACCGCAGUCGCGGUUUUACUCGGAUCCAGUCAUAGUAUUGGAUUUUCAAAGUCUCUACCCGAGCAUGAUAAUCGCUUAUAAUUACUGUUUUUCCACUUGCCUAGGACGUGUGGAACAUCUAGGACACUCUCCCCCAUUCGAAUUUGGAGCGUCACAGUUGGGCGUUUCGCCAGCAUUGUUGCGCCGUUUGGUGGAAGAUGACCUCAUUUCCAUAUCGCCCUGUGGUGUGGUGUUCGUUAAAGCCUCUGUUCGCGAGGGUAUUUUGCCGCGCAUGCUCAGUGAAAUCCUGAAUACUCGUCAAAUGGUUAAGCAAUCCAUGAAGUUGGAUAGAUCGAACUCUGCGCUACAGCGUGUACUACACUCCCGUCAGCUGGGUCUCAAACUCAUGGCGAAUGUAACUUACGGAUAUACGGCGGCUAAUUUCAGUGGCCGCAUGCCGGCUGUCGAAGUGGGCGAUUCGGUUGUUGCAAAAGGCCGCGAGACGCUAGAACGCGCCAUACGAAUGGUCGAGUCGAACGAAAAGUGGCGCGUGCGGGUCGUGUACGGUGAUACUGACUCGUUGUUUGUGCAGGUGCCUGGACGAAACCGGGAGACGGCUUUCAAAAUAGGCGAGGAAAUCGCAGAGGCGGUCACCAAAGACAACCCGCAGCCGGUCAAGUUGAAGCUGGAGAAAGUGUAUCAGCCCUGUAUACUGCAGACAAAGAAACGUUAUGUUGGCUACAUGUACGAAACAGCAGAUCAAACGGAACCCGUGUACGAGGCUAAGGGCAUUGAGACAGUGCGCCGAGACGGCUGUCCGGCUGUUGCAAAGAUGCUAGAGAAGGUAUUGCGCAUCCUAUUCGAAACGACGGAUGUGAGCCAAAUCAAACAAUAUGUUUGCCGCCAAUUUAGUAAACUGCUGGCUGGACGUGCCAAUUUGCAAGACUUAAUAUUUGCGAAGGAGUUCCGCGGAUUGAAGGGUUACAAGCCGACCGCAUGCGUGCCGGCGCUGGAAUUGACGAGAAAAUGGGUACAGAGUGAUCCGCGCCGAGUGCCGCGUUGUGGUGAGCGCGUUCCAUUCGUAAUUGUCAACGGACCACCAGGCGUACCAUUGAUACGGCUUGUGCGCAGUCCGCAUGAAGUACUCGAGGACGAAGGCUUGAAGAUCAACGCUGUUUAUUACAUUACCAAGGCUAUUAUACCUCCUCUUAAUCGCUGCCUCCUUCUCAUUGGAGCCGAUGUGAAUGAAUGGUUCGCUAGCCUACCGCGAAAACUUCUACUCGCACCACCAGUAUCCGCAGCUAAUAAACUCAAUAGUGGUAAUUAUGUGGCUACAGCGCAUCAGCCGAAGAAAAGCACAAUUUCACAGUAUUUCUCAGUUACGAAUUGUAUAACUGACUGUGGGCGCCAGACAAAGCAGGGCAUCUGUGAGGUAUGCGUACAACAACCACAACGAACAUUUGUUACGCUGCAUGCAAAAAUGGCUAAAAUUGAACGGGGUUAUCAGCUGGUGCAGCAGAUAUGUCAAGCAUGUUGCGGGCGAGUAGGAGAGUUGAAUUGCUGUUCCCUCGACUGCCCAGUAUUGUUUGUUAGUGAGGUGAAGCGGCGAGAUCUACAGCAACUCGAACAUAUGCGCAGUCUCUUAGACGAGAGGUUUUAAUUUUUAUAUGGAAUGUCGUACAUGGAUGCGUAAAAGGCAACAGGUUUGGACGCGUCACAGGUUGACCUCUUCACACUUUAUUAAAUCAAUAUCAGGUUUAAAAUUUCCAAGUAUUUUAUUAACAUUAGUGCUCAAAAUGUAUCGAGCCCAUGUGAAGAGCGUAGGGAACAUGCAUGUAUUGUAUUAA